AUGAAAAUUGGGGCAUGCCACUUGCCAUAGCAGCGAACUUGCGUAUACCGUAUAAAAUUGAAAUUGGCGAGGAUAUACGUGAUCUGCAUGCACAGGACAAAAUUGGUAAAGCCAUCAUCAUCACAGCGGACAUGAACGAUGCCAGCACUUUGCAUUUGCUGACGCAGCUGGUCGGCCUACGCCACACCAAAGUGCUGCUCAUCGAUGUGGUGGCCACCUCCUUCAAUGCGGAGAAUAAUUUCUACAAAAAUUUGGCGCGCAUUAAUGCCAGCUCUGAACUGAUGUCCAACCUCUUGUUGCUCACUGUGUUGAGCGAUAAGUACCGUCACUUUCUAAAGGUCGCCUUCGAAGAUAAUGGCAUUGGGUUGGUGCAGAAUUUCCGACAAAUACGACGUUGGAAGGCGAUGAGCAGUGAAGGCAAGCUGGGUGUUGGGGUCACCGAAGCAGCCGCUCUAAACUGGCCCAUACACUUGGAUAGCUCAGUGACGCGCGCCUUGCAGGAGCAUGAAGAUGCUAUGGCCGCUGAGACGAUAGAUGGCAGUAGUAGUGAUAAAGCAACAACCCGCACCACAACUGUGCGCCCGACGCGUGACACUUUGGCUGCCUUCGAUGAAUGCCCACAGCUGAGUGGCCUCAACUUUGUUGAGAUUUGUCCGAAUAUCGAGAAUGUGACGCGACAUUGCGUCGAUUUUAUGUACAAGCUACGCAAACACAAUAUCAAGCGCAAUGGCACGCUGCUGCAACAGUUACGGACAUUGCUGAAGCAACUUUGCCACAUACAUCCGGUCACCGGAUAUACGAGCGCAGAGCAAGCGCGCAUUGCUAGUUUGCGGAAUUUUAUUGACUUUUUUCAUUUUUACGAUUUUAUAAUUACCAAUGUGCGGCAACAGCUAGAAGAAACAGCGUCGAAACAAAUUCCAAAAACAACAAAACCGAUAAGCGAACAAGCCACACAGCAACAAAAGCAAAAUGGAAACGGAAAUGCCAGCGGCGGUGGCAGUGGCAGCGCGACAAAAACCGGGAAUGUCAAUGCGAAAAUGCCUAAAUAUGAUUUUAUUGUGUUGGAUGUGGUGCGCGAUAGUGCGAUUGGCAACAACAACAAUGGUUACAACAAAAGCAACGGCGGCGCUAAUACUAGCAGUGUGGGUAGUACGAAUACAGCAACAAUUGACUUCAAUGGUCGUGUCAAUGUUGUCGCCAAUUCAGCAUCAGCGGAUGUGAGGUCGACAGCGUCAACUGAUUCUAUCAAAUGGCGCCCAUUGUUGAUUUUGGAGCAACAUGAAAUCAAUUUAAACACUUAUAUUACACAUUCCAUUCAGCCGGGCUACGACGAGUGGUUGCUGGUGAGCACAGCACAGCUUUGGCAAUGUGGCGCUAUCUGCUGGACAAUUGUGGCCAUUUGCAUUGGAUUGCUGUUGAUCAUUGUGGCGGCGAGCGUAGCGGCGGGCAUUGCAAUGAGGAAUUACUUGCUGCGUAAGCGCCUCUCGAAAGGACCUAACAAAAUUGUGCUAUCCGCUGAUGACUUUGUCUUCCCAGUCGAUUCGCGUAGGGUCGAUGAGGGCAUCGAAGCGAUGCUCUGCUGUUGGCUACAGCAGCUACAGGAGUUUGGUGGCCCUGAAGUGGAUAAACCCGAUUUGCUCAAAGGUUCAAUUGGGUCGUUAAAAAAUCUUGGCCUCAUCAUACCAGGCGGCGGUACGGCAACCGCCACUGGCGCUGGUACAACAACGGCAAAUGGCGGUAAAGGUACAUCGGGCAGCAAUAGCUUGGCGCGCCAUAAUCCUGCGCUGCUGGAUAUGCGCGCACGCUACAAUGGCGAUUUGGUGCAGCUUAAAGAGAUACCCUUGAAUGGCUCAACAGAGUUGAAGGCCAAAGCAAUGGACUUGCUUGUGCUGGCGCAUGGCAUGCGACAUGAGAACAUUAACCCCUUAAUUGGUUGGCUAUCCGACCCAAAUCGCACUGCCAUGGUGUUCGAUUACUGCUCACGCGGCUCACUGCAAGAUGUGCUCAUCAUGGACGAAAUCAAAUUGGAUUGGAGUUUCCGUCUCAGCCUGCUGACGGAUUUGGUGCGUGGCAUGCGCUACUUGCACACCUCAGCGCUGCGCGUUCAUGGCACAUUAACGUCUCGUAAUUGUGUGGUGGACGCGCGUUGGGUGCUAAAAAUAACUGAUUAUGGGCUCGCCACAUUCUACGAAGCGCAAGGCUUACUGCCACCCACACGCACCGCCAAGGAACUGCUGUGGACAGCGCCGGAAUUGUUGCGCACAAUGAAGACCCAUCAUCAUCACCAUGGGCGCGUAUUGGGCACACAAAUGGGUGAUGUCUACUCGUUUGGCAUUAUCAUGCAGGAGGUGGUGGUGCGCGGUGAGCCCUAUUGUAUGCUGUCGCUGUCGCCGGAUGAGAUAAUAGCGAAGAUUAAAAAGCCACCGCCGCUGAUACGACCCUCCGUAUCGAAGGGUGCCGCACCGCCCGAAGCUAUCAAUAUUAUGCGUCAAUGCUGGGCUGAGCAGCCGGACAUGCGACCGGACUUUAAUUCCGUUUACGAGCGUUUUAAGAUGCUCAAUCAUGGUCGCAAGGUGAAUUUCGUAGAUACAAUGUUUCAAAUGCUCGAAAAGUACUCGAAUAAUUUGGAGGAGUUGAUACGAGAGCGCACCGAUCAGCUGGAUAUUGAAAGGAAGAAAACUGAACAGUUGUUAAAUCGCAUGCUGCCGAGUUCAGUGGCGGAAAAACUGAAAAUGGGCUUAGCUGUCGAACCGGAGGAGUUUUCCGAUGUGACGAUAUAUUUUAGCGACAUCGUUGGUUUUACAACGAUUGCUGCACACUGCAGUCCCGUGCAGGUUGUCGAUCUACUAAAUGAUCUCUAUACCAUAUUUGAUGCGACUAUCAAUGCAUACAAUGUGUAUAAGGUGGAGACAAUAGGCGAUGCGUAUAUGGUGGUCAGUGGCUUGCCGGUCAAAAUACCCGAUCAUGCAGAACAAAUCGCUACAAUGGCUUUAGAUUUGCUACACCAAAGUGGCCGCUUUAAUGUGAAACAUUUGCCAGGUGUGCCACUACAGUUGCGUAUAGGAUUGCAUACAGGGCCCUGCUGUGCAGGCGUGGUGGGGCUAACUAUGCCGCGUUAUUGUCUAUUUGGCGAUACGGUGAACACGGCAUCGCGCAUGGAGUCUACGGGCUCCUCUUGGCGCAUACACAUGUCGCAGGAGACGCGCGAUCGUUUGGAAGCACGUGGCGGCUAUGCGAUAGAGCCACGUGGGUUGAUCGAUAUUAAAGGCAAAGGGAUGAUGAACACUUUUUGGCUGCUGGGCAAGAAGGGAUUUGAUAAACCGCUACCUACACCACCGCCGAUUGGUGAAUCACAUGGCCUCGAUGAGUCGCUCAUACGCAACUCAAUUACACUCAAAGCACAAGCGAAUAAAUCACGCAACAGCACCAACGCGUCUUCGAGUCAGUCUUCCUCGCUGGCCGGCGAAUCGGUCGAGGUGAAAGUGGAGAUCACUCCACCCACCAAUGCGGAUGUUUGUUCAUCGAACUUGCCAAACUCCUACUCGCUCGACUCCACCUCGACCAACACGAUCAGCCCAAAUAUCACGCUCUGUCCCGAAUUCCCCACCAAAACGCCCAACGCCAGUCCGCAAUCGCGCAAGAUGUCCGAACUCCCGCCCGACAACCUGCUCACGCCCAGCACUUUUAAUCGCCUUCCCAGCUCCGCAGGCGGUUCUUCGUCACGUCUGUAUAAAAAAAUUGAGGAGAUGAUGGACCUCAGUUCACCUUACAAUCACUACAAAUGCCUCAGCCCCAGCGAAAGCAACCUCACGCAAUUUUACGAUGCCAAAUAUCUCUACAGUAGCGUCGGUGUUUGCAGCGCCGUCGUUGGGGGUAGUGGUGGUGGUAGUGGCUCUGGCGGUGGUAGCGUACACAGCAGUAGCGUAAAGUUCGAUUCAAAGCCCGGCUCAAGUCGUCUACUGCGCCGUCAAUUUAGUCUCGAUCGUGACGAUACGCAAUCGAAAUUGGAUCAUCAUCAUCACCAUCAACAUCAUCAAAGUUCACUACAAGUCACACACACAAUGUCGCUCUCGAAUAAGUCCUCCAUGCUGGACAUACCCAUUUUGCAUGACACCUCACGCAGUCCGAAGGGUACGCUCACACGUGCGCACAAACAGAAUUCGACUUCGAUUACACAAGAUCUUGAAAAAAUUGAAGAGAUACCACUUUCACCUGCAUCCUCACAGCAUCACAGUAGUUUGGAUAGCAAUUUGAAUCGCAGUCCACCCUCAACGGUCGAGGCACAAACACCACCGACGAGUGCCAAAAUGGCAGCCGCACUGCUGUCGGCGCCCACCUCGCCAGCGCCAUCGCGCUCCUUAAAUGGUGUUGGUUAUAGCGUUGUCGGCGGCACUGUAACGGAGAGUCCCACCACAGAUGCAUCGACGGCGACUACGACGGCUUCAGUAAAUUCGAGCAACACGACGCCGGGGGAAGAUAGUGAGAUGCGACGCAAUGAACUGACGCUCAAUGUGGAGACUUUAUUGAGCAGGUAGGGGACAAUUUAAGGCGUGCACACAUAUGUAAGUUGUGAACGCCACCAAGUGGCGGUUGAGAAUUGAAAAAGGAAAAAUAUGUCAUUUAAAUUUUGUGAUGUUUUAAGUAUUUAACUUUGACAACUCGAGUUGCAAUUAUUAUUUUUUUUAGAUAAAUUUUAAUUUAAUCUCUCAUCCUAAAGUAAAGUUAUACGCUUAAUUCGCACUGUGCCGAAAGUCUACGUUCGAGUAGAUUGUGAAACUUCAGUUCCAUGCAGUAGUACAAUUUAAUUCGAAAUGACAAGUCGUGUGAUGAUUAGUGAAUAUCUAGGAAAUUUGUAGGUUAUUAUUAGGAAAGUACGAAUAUUAGGCAAAUAUACUAUUAACGUGAUGUUGGCGGUUGUUUUCUGGUAUCGGUCUGUGAAGGUAGUGGAGUGUGAAGUUUGAUAGUAAGCGGCGAUGACGAGCGUAAUAUUUAUUAGUUUUUUAUUGGUUUUCCUACUGUAUGUGCUGGUAUUUAUUGAUAUGUGACUAGUUGAAGAUCAAAAUAAUAUUAAUAUUUAAAAGUGUGUUAAUUGAAGUGACCGAUUUAUAAACGUAUAUUCAUUCUAUUAAUUCGAAUGCAAAAGUUACGAAAUUUAUACUGUCUAACUGUGAAAAUGUACUUCUGGCGUACCUAGUACAGAUGGCAUUGUUAUUUUCCGCUAUUUUUCAUAUUUCCAAUAUAACUUAUAUUAGGGCGGAGUAAUUUGUUCCGAGCUAAAUUUUCCAAGAAAGUGUAUAGCUUAUUCAAAUCCUACGAUUAAUUCUAAGCAAAAAGGGUGAAUAGACUCUAUACAAAAAAUGGCAUUUUAUCCUCUCAAUUAUUAA